GAGUGAAACGCAGUUCACGCCAACAAUCUGUCUGUCCCCCGCAGCUAACGUUACGCCUCCCUCGCAGCGUUUGACACGGCUGUUUUUUAUAGCCUAUACCUUGCCUGCUCUCAUUGUUCUUCGUGACAUUUUGCCAGUCGACAUAGGCUAUGAUCAUGCCACGGCGCCUACUAGCUACCGACACAAUACAGCCACUGCGUUAUGUCCAGCACUGUUUCUGUGACAGUUCGCUAUCCAGAGUGACAGGCUUGUGAAUGGCAUUUAUUCAGAGUUUUUAAUGACUUCCGUACAGUCGUCGGGAUCGCCAUUGCAGGUUAACGUUAGGUCAGGCGUCAUUGAAAUAUUUGGUUUGUAGUGCUUGCUCGUUUCCAGAGAGAGCAUAUCAUGGACCCUUGUCUUAAUCUCAGUUUUAAUAAGAACGGACAUGCAGCUUUGCACAUGAUAAUGAAGAGCUAAAAGGAUUAUUUUGCGCACAAGGGAACUGUCUUAUAAAAGCAAUUGGAACCUGUCGUCAGGAAGGGGACUGUAACGUGUGUUGGAUGUGUAUCGCUCUUCUGGUGGCUAGCAAUUCCAAUGACUUGCCACUCAUCCGACUCCUCGGAAACCAUCGAAAAUAAUCGGAGAUCGGAAACUGAAAGCCGCGCCGUAGAGACUGACCAGAGUCGCGUGGCCUCCGCCAUGAGAGACCUGAAAAAUACAGGCUGGUACUGGGGCCGCCUCACUGCCAACGAGGCGAAGGAGAUCCUUGCAGACUCGCCGGAGGGCACCUUCCUGGUGCGGGACAGCUCCCAGCGCGACUACCUCUUCACCAUCUCCGCCAUGACCGCGGCCGGCCCCACCAACCUGCGCAUCGAGUACGCCGACGGCAAGUUCAAGCUGGACUCCGUGGUGCUGGUCAAGCCCAAGCUGAAGCAGUUUGACAGCGUUGUGCACCUGGUGGAGCACUACGUCAAGCUCUCGCGGACCUCCUGCAAGCCUGGACAGGGUCAGGGUCAAGGUCCGGGUCCAGGGUCAGGUCCGGUGCCGCUCGGUUCCAACAACAAUGUGACCGUGCAGCUGCUGCUGACCAAGCCGGCGUACGCAGCCACGCCUUCACUUCAGCACCUGUGCCGCAUCGCCAUCAACAGGUCCACGCGGCAGGUCCGUGCCCUCCCUCUGCCCAACAGGCUCAAAGACUACCUGACGGACUACACCUACCACGUCUGAGUGUGGCCCUUGUGGCGCCGCUGUGAUCGUCGCAGCGUCCUCCAGGGCCCAGCGAUGGCUUGAGCGUCACCAUGGUUACGCUUACCUUGCCUGCAGCAGCUUUAGGGGUCGCCACUCGUAGUGAGGCCCCCCUCCUCAGGCAUCGGGAGACGGAGCGUUGCCCUCCCACCGCGCACCCUUCUUGAGGACUACUUGAUGGACUACACAUCCGCAACGUGUCGGGGGCCCUCA